UUUCAGUCGCUUCGUGAAACCCGCCGCAGUCACAUCGAAAUCGCGCGCAAGUCGUACCCGAAUCGCCUUUGAAACGCACGCACUUGCAAAUAUCACAUACUAAUUAAUUGCGUGUGCGAAUCAAAUUGAUUUCGCCCGACUGCCCAUUGCAGUUCGACAGCAAAUCAAAAAGUAGAAAAGUAGAAAGUUUGGUGACCUCAAUAUAUCCCUGCCAAAAUGCCGAAACCCCUAUUAAACUCCUGCUGCCUGUGUCAAUCGACCCGGAAUGGCUCUGUAAUAUCGGGUAUCCUGGCCAUUAUCCUGUCGAUCAUUACCAUCGUGGUGAUCUUUACGACACGAGUCCACUUUAAAACGAUAAUCUUUGAUUUUAUCCCCAAUGAUAUCGUUAAGAUAAUCCUCGUUAUUAAUUUGUGUAUGACGAUUUUAAUAUCACUACUUAUGAUUGCGGGUGCUCUAAAGCGGAACCACUACCUAAUGGUUCCCUGGGUGGUCCUCGGCAUUAUGAUUGCCAUCGGUCUGCUGAUCUCCGUCAUCUACACGGGCGUCGUUUUCUUCAUCGAUGGCUAUGUGCUGACGGGAGUCCUCUGGCUGAUCUUCGGCCUAAUUUUCUCCGCAAUUAUGAUCUACUGCUGGUGCGUGGUUUAUAGUGAAUACGCCAACUUAUCAGAGGAGAGCGAGCGCGGCCGCUACAACAAACAGCCGUACCGCCGUUAAGGAUGUCCAGGAUCACUAUGAAACUUCAUCAGAAUUUGCAUUCUAGAAGCAGACUCUCACACCCACACAUCUUCAUCCUAGCUUCUUAUGUUCGUUUUUAGUAAUUAUGUCUAACUAAUAAUUGUAAUUUAGUCGAGGCGAGCCAGCCCUUCGCUCACAUCGAAUUUACGCGGCCCGCGGCAGUAAGUGCAAUGGAAUUAUGUAUUUAACAUUUAAAUAAAACUUUAAUCCAGAUAUUUUGUGAAUUUCUGUUGUAAUUUGUACGUAAUACUUGUAAUUGUGAAUGAGGAGAUCAAGAACCGAAAAAGAUUAACACGUGGAAAAUAAAAACAAACUGUUUAUUUAUCAACCGUU